CUCUUACGUCGCUACACCUGCCGGCGUCACGGCGGGUCCAGCCGGUGAGAGAGCACGAGGACACCGCCUGCUUGCAUGCCGUGUGGGGAUUUUCUACAGGGGAGGAGCCAUUUGUGUCAUGCACAGCGAGGGGGCUGGCUCCAGAUCUGAAAAGGAGGCCUAAAAGUACUCCAGUACAAUCAGGAGGAAGAAGAAUCUCAGUGAAGCCGUCCGUAUUAGUGAUGUUCCCCUCGUGACGGGGGUCACCUCUCGGUCAUCGCCGCCGCUCCCUCUCUUUGUUCGCCGCUCCAGCCGCCCACCAUGAAGAGGCCCAAGCAGCAGACGGGCGGCCCGCUCAGCUUCCUCAACUUCUUCAGCCGGAAGCCCAAAUCGGAAGGGCGGCCCGCCGAGGCUCGGCCGAAAGAGGAGGUGGCCAUCGCGCUCACCCCCAGCGAACAUCCGCCGCAACGGGAAGAGACUGCCGAAGAGUCUGGUCAAGGGAGACUUUGCCGAGCGGAAAGCGCCGACAGCGCCGCCGAGGAUGCCGUUGAGGCGCCGUCGACGGCGUCCAGCCCGCCCGCCGGCGCCACCGCCGGCUCCACUGACGUCCUGCCGCUGUCCUGGUCCGGCCAGGACCCGCCGGCGGCGGACGAGCACCUAGAGGAGUGCCCGCUGUGCCUGCUCAGCCAGCCGCCGCAGUGCUUCCCCAGACUGCUCACCUGCCCGCACCGCACCUGCGGCGACUGCCUGCGCCGAUAUCUGCGCAUGGAAAUCUCCGAGAGCCGGGUGGCCAUUGCGUGCCCGCAGUGUCCCGAGGCCCUGACGCCGCUGGAUGUGCGCACUAUCCUGGAUGACCCGGUGCUGCUGGAGAGGUUCGAGGAGUACCACCUGCGCCGCUUCCUGGCCGCCGACCCGGACACGCGCUGGUGUCCCGCACCGGACUGCAGCUACGCGGUGAUCGCGUACGGCUGCGCUGAGUGUCCCAAGCUGCGGUGCGGGCGCGACGGCUGCGACACCGACUUCUGCUACCACUGUCGCCAGCUGUGGCACCCGAACCAGACCUGUGACCAGGCGCGGCGCCAGCGUGCGCGCCACGCCUUGGGCGGCAAGGACGCCACGGCCGCUGCGCUCUACGUCUUCAAUGAAGAACCCGGAGGAGAUGCGGAGGAGAUCAAGCCGUGUCCCCGCUGCGGCGCUUGCAUCAUGAAGACCAACGACGGCAGCUGCAACCGCAUGAACUGUACCGUGUGCGCUUGCCAGUUCUGCUGGCUGUGCAUGCAGGAGAUCACCGACGUCCACUACCUCAGUCCCUCAGGAUGUACCUUCUGGGGCAAGAAGCCAUGGUCUCAGACCCGCAAAGUUCUGUGGCAGGUGGGCAUGUUGCUGGGCGCCCCCGUGAUCAUCUCGCUCAUCGCCGGCCUCGCCAUUCCCGUCAUCAUCGUGGGCAUACCCAUCUACAUGGGCCGAAAGGUCCACGGUCGUUGCAAGAAAAACAAUAUCUCAGGAAGUAAGCACUACUUGACGGUGGCGAGCGGCGUGAUGAUGUCGGUGUUUGUCUCGCCCGUCAUCGCGGCUGUCACAGUGGGCGUGGGCGUCCCGCUCAUGUUGACGUACGUGUACGGGGUGGUGCCCAUGUCGCUGUGCAGGAACGGUUGGUGUCGACAGCCCGCCGACGCUCCCGACGCGCUGGAGGACCUCGCCAGCUAUCUUCUGUUCUCUCACAUGGUGAGCGAGCACUGGCGGGCUCAAAGCAGCCCCACGCUGGCCGACACCAGCGUGCAGGAGGUCAGCGCGCAGGAAGCGGUUGCCCCCCACCCGGUGCCCCUCCCACUCCCCGGUGCGGCGGCGGAGGAGUCCCCCCGAGAGGACGGACAGUCAGAGUGCAACGGUGGUUCCAGGGACGGAACCAACAUCGAAGUGCGCGUGGAGAUCGAGAGGCAGCCCCGAGGCGCUCGCCAGUCCAGCCUCAGCAGCAUCCUGUCCAGCCGCAGUUUGUCCAUCGAGUCCCUGGGACGCUUGGCGAGGGGAGACGGUAACGCUUUCCCCGUCUUUGAAUCGGAAGACGUAUGACUCGCCCUUAAAACGGGGGCGCUGAUGGACCCUUAUGGCCAACUUCUGCUUCCCUCCCACCAGAUGCCUUUAAGUGUAAGCAAGACGCUAAUGAAUAAUAUGUAGAAGUGUGUGCGUGCGUGCGUGCGUGCUGGAUUAGCACGAGUGUCAUUCUAAGACAAGGGUGGGCAAAAUUUGGCCUGCUGUGUUCUUGAAAUGACUUGUACCAUCCAAAAACUCGAAGGUGGCGGGCGGUUGGAUGCAAAGGUUUGCCCACCCCUCUUUGAAGCAAUUUGGAGAGCGUCCAUUUUGUGAUGAAAGCUCACAGUAACAUUUUAGCAUGUCAGCCUUCUCCGUUGGGCUACUUCACCCGUUUAGCACCCCUUUAACAAUAAAACGGGCCCCUUGCAAGCAUGUGUUCUGGGCUGGGAAUAAUGUAUUUUAUACUCCCCCACCUCAUACCAACAUACAAUGUAUAAUAGAUAUCUGGAUAUAAUGCUGAGUCGGCACGGGGAGGCCGGCCGGGGCCGCUCAAGCGUGAAACUGCAGGCGAAGGUGACUUGCGGCAAAGGUAUUGGGACAGAUGGCAAGUAUCUUCCACCUCGACACACGCACAGAGUGUGUGGAGAGUUUGCGUAUAUGUGACAGACGGGCAAGAUUGAGACCCGCUGAAAUGAACACAAGACACCACCACCACCACCAUUGUAGCAGCAGAAUCAGCAGCAGCAUGAUGUCGAUGCCACCACCUUGGCCAACCCUCCACUAUAAUAAAGAGCAGAAUAAUGCUUAAGGUGACUAUUCACACACACUUAUUUGCUUCGUGGGUGUUCAAAAAUGAUGAUGGGUUAAUAAAUAUCACACUAUGACAGACGAUA